AUGCGGUUACAAGCCCUCCUCAUACUUUUGUGGCAACUUUUCGCCGUUUCGCUCGGUCUUUACCCGUUCGGGGUGAGCAAAGGCGAUGUGAAUCCAAAAGAUGGCGCUUGGUUCGCGAAAACGGUGGACAUUCCAAUCAUUUUCUUGGGCAAAUCGGAAAGCGAGAUUUUCGUCUCGAAUCAAGGAAUUGUGGCUUUCGGGGAACGCUUGCCGGAUGAUCAUAUUCGAUCGGUUCAAGGCCUUAAUCGAUCUGUGAUCGCUGUUUACUAUUCAGCAGUCAGUGGCGGGAAUUUCUUCAUCAGAAGUACCUCCUCCGAUCGAGCACUUUUGAAGAAAAUCUCUGAUGAUAUUCGCUCGGUUUUCAGUGACGACGACGAUUUUAACACUUUACAGGCUGUUGUGAUUACAUGGGAAAACAUGGUGAAUAAAGAGCGACAAAGCGGGAACACCUAUCAGCUAACACUGGCCUCUGAUGGAAUCGAAUCCUAUGCGAUUAUGGAGUACAAAACGCUUUCAUGGGCUUCAUCAGAUGGGAGAUUUGCCCAAUCAGGCUUUUCGCAUAAAGACGGUCGAUAUCAACUGAAUGUAAACAGUGGAACGGACACGAUUGUCGAUUUGACAAACCUCUCCAACAACGAAAAUCAGGGGCAAUUCAUGUAUCGAAUCUCGGGGAGUGCUUUGGAAGAUCCGAGAGACGAGGAAUACACAUAUCCUGACGAUUACACGGAUGAUGACGAGAAUAAAGAAGGAAAAUCGGGGAAAGGUACUCGAAAAAGCGAAUGCCCACCGGAUCCAUAUCGAGAUCAUUGUCCAAAGGGAUGCAAUGUGUUGACCGAUGAUCGGGGUUGCUCACUGUGCGUUUGUGCUGAACCAAAAGCCCCGGAAAUUCCCCAAGGAAAUCAAGUCGAUGAAGAGAUCCCGGAUCCACCAGAUUCUCGAGAAGAAGUGGAAGAGGAACUGCACCCAUUGGACCCACGAUUGAUCGAGAAGAACCGGGCAGAACUGAAAGUGGAUCGAGUGGCCAUUGAGAAUAACAAAGUUGACGAGGAAUUGGAAGUGAAAAUCCCAAAGAAUUCGGAUGAUGACGGAACGUGCCAGGCGAAUAGCUGUAAUCCGAAUGCGAGGUGUCAGGACUACGCUCUCGGUUUCUGUUGCUCGUGCAAUUCACCUUACUAUGGAAAUGGGAAAGAGUGCGUGAAAAAAGGCGAACCCCAACGAAUCACCGGCACUUUCGAAGGAGUGAUCAAUGGACAGAGAAUCGAGAAAACCGACUUGCACACUUUCGUCACCGGAACCGAUGGAAACUCUUACACGGCGGUGAGCCGAGUGCCCGCCUCGCUUGGAACCUCGCUUCUUCUCUUGUCACCGGUUGGCUCGAUCAUGGGAUGGCUCUUCGCUGAGGUAAACUCCCCUCACGUGUACAACGGAUUCCAAUUGACGGGCGGUCAAUUCAAUCGCACGGCCACCGUUCACAUUGGAGACACCUCGGUGGUAACGAUCAAUCAACAGUUUACUGGCCGGGACACCUACGAUUAUUUGAAAGUGGCGGUUUUUGUGACCGGAACCUUGCCCGCAGUUCGAGAUGGAGCUGAAGUAACAUUUGCUGAUUAUGAUGAAGAGUAUCGCAGAGAGGCACCAGGUUUCGUUCGAUCAUACUCGAAUUUCGAGGCCAUUGUGAAUGAGGGUGGCACAAAAAUGCCACUGAAAAUCUCGCUCGAUCAACAAAUUCACUACGAUGAAUGCCGAUUCAAAGAGUUUGAUCGCACUGAUGUGGUUACUCUAAACGUUAAACGAGCUCAUGUCACCUAUGAUCAAACGGAUAAAAUCGUUCGGUACGCUUCUCGAAAUUUCGCUGACACACAAAGGACAACGGGAAGCGAGCAACGGCAACCGGCGGUCCCACCACAACCACCGCAGCCACAACGACCGAGUGCUGAGGCUGCAAAUGUUCAAGACGUGUGCGCUCAUGGACGCCAUGUGUGCACCCUUCCAAGUAUGAGUUGUCGACCCGUCGACCACUCUUACAGAUGCGAAUGUGUAGCCGGUUAUCAAGCGAAACAUGACUCGAGCAGCGCGAUCGGCUGGCUUUGUGUCGACAUCGAUGAGUGUCAACGGGGAGAGCACACUUGUGAUUCGAAUGCGAAUUGCCGAAACACUGAAGGCGGUUUUCAAUGUGAAUGCAAGCAAGGCUUCUCCGGUGAUGGUUUCCAUUGUUUUGGUGGGAACACGCAAGCUGAUGGUUCUGAUCGUCAACAACAUCAACAGCAACAACAACAACAACAGCAGCAACAACAACAACAGCAGCAUCCACACAGACACCACGCGCAUGGACAUAAUGGACAUCCAGACCCAAGGGCUCCGGAAAUCCCGAUGGUGAAAGGCGCAUGCAAGACGCAUAAACAUUGUCAUCAAUGGGGUGAAUGCGUCUUCACUGAAGGAGCUCCGACUGGAAUCUGUAAAUGCAGAGGCUGGUACGAGGGUGACGGUGUUGAUCACUGUGGUCCACCAGCAAAAGAAGAGGAACGACAACGCCCGCCCCAACCACCAGUUCAAUACCCGCAACAACAACCAGCUUCACGUGGAGAUGAGCGGCUAAAUGUACACAUCCCGUUAAACAGAGGACAACCAUGUGGACGAAACAUUUGCAGCUCGAAUGCCGAAUGCAUGCCGAGUUCCGAUGGAGGGUCUGAGUGCGUAUGUCGAGCGGGUUUCCACGGGAAUGGCAUUCAAUGCGAGUCGCUGCUAGAUGAGAGUCCUGAUCAACCGGUGCAAGUUGGAGCCACUGGAACAAUUUGUCGAUCACAUGAUGAAUGCGCAGAGCAUGGCUCUUGUGCUUACAAUCAAUUGGUUGGCUACUAUCAAUGCACAUGUACUCCGCCAUACAAGGGAGACGGUGUGAGAUGUGCUUUGGACGAUGAAGAAGAGCUUGUGCCGUAUAAUCGAGCCUCGCAACAACAAGGCUGCGAUGUGUUGAGGAAUUGCGGCCAAAAUGCGGACUGCAUCUUCUCAAAGCCGAACUGGAAAUGCGCUUGUCAAAGUGGAUAUGUGGGCGAUGGAUUUCAAUGUGUGGCCAUCAGUCAAGGAUUACCCGAAUUGUUGCCACCAUUGGAACCUCCAGUGCAAACAAGCGGAAAACAUCCGGGAUGUGAGCGAUGUGAUUCAAAUGCUCAAUGUGUCUUUGAUUCGCACAACAGACGCUACGUUUGCGAGUGUUUGAGUGGUUACAUGGGCGAUGGGACGAGCUGCGUGAAAGUGGGAGGCGGUGGAAAUUGGGAAGGAAGACAGGUUUCACCAAAAAUCUGCCGUGAGCAAACGGAUUGCCACCAAAAUGGACAUUGUGUGCAAAAUGAUCGAAGCCAAUAUUUCUGCCAGUGCUUGCCGGGUUUCCGUGGUGAUGGAGUGACCACGUGUAGGAUUGCAGACAAAUGCACCCCAGCUGAUCCGCGAAGUUGCCACCAAAAUGCUGAAUGUGUUUAUGGAGAGGCUGAAGGAGCGUAUGUAUGCAAAUGUGUUCAAGGUUUCUCGGGAGAUGGCCAACAAUGCGUGCCGCAUGCCCCACCAACAACCUGUGAUCAAAAUCCGAGAAUGUGCCAUCAUAAUGCUCAGUGUGUCUACAAUCAUCAACGUCAAGAGUACGGCUGUUUGUGCAAACCGGGCAGCCAAGGCGAUGGACAUUCACGUUGUGAUCCCGUCGAAACUCCUCAAUGCAGCGGCUGUUCGGUGCACGCGCAAUGCGUUUUCUCGCCGUCCGGCGGCUCACGGUGCCAAUGCUCGAAUGGAUACGUGGGAAAUGGAGUCGUUUGCGCACCGAUGACAACUUGUCUGGAUGAUCGGUCGAUGUGCUCGGAGAACGCGGAAUGUGUGCCCGGCGAGGGUGGGCAUUACGUGUGCAAUUGUCGAUAUGGAUUCCACGGAAAUGGACGCUCGUGUACUCCUGACUCCGAAUUCCGCUCGGACACCCUUUUUGUCGCAAGAGGGAUGGCAAUUUUCCAUCGUGGCACUCACAAAGAUAUUCCCGGGAAACAACUCAUCGUCAUUCCACACCAUAUCGCCGUCGGCGUCGAUUUCGAUUGUCAAGAUGAGCGAAUCGUUUGGAGUGAUAUUUCGGGUCACUCGAUUCGAUCGGCUUCACUACAGGGCACAAAUAUGACCUCGUAUUUCACCGACGAUCUCCAAAGUCCCGAAGGAAUCGCUAUCGAUUGGAGCAGCAGAAAUGUUUAUUAUGCGGACUCGUUGAAAGAUGAGAUUGGCGUGGUUUCGAUGGAUGGUCGUUAUCAGAAAGCGAUCGUUUCCGAGGGUUUGGUCAACCCUAGAGCUUUGGCGAUUGAUCUACAAAAUAGACACCUUUACUACACGGAUUGGCAUCGCGAGCAUCCGAUCAUUGGCCGAGUCGAUUUGGACGGGAAAAAUAACAUGAAAUUUGUGCAGGAUGACAUUCAUCUACCGAAUGGGCUCACGAUUCUGCCCGGACGUCGCGAGCUUUGCUGGGUGGAUGCUGGUGUGAAAAGACUAUCGUGUAUCGGUUUGGAUGGACGAAAUCGUCGCAGCGUUUUCUCGAAUCUCAACUAUCCAUUCGGCGUCACGCAUGUCAAAGAGGAGCGCUUCUAUUGGACCGAUUGGAAAGACAAUCGAGUCCACUCAGUCGGCGUUUAUGGAGAUGGCUAUUCGUCAAUGACGAUCUCGUUGGGUGGAUCUGGGAAAUCGUAUGGAAUCAUCGGCGUGCCCGAUAAAUGCGUAGGAGGUGCAAGUCAAUGUGCGACGAAUAACGGUGGCUGCAAAUAUCUCUGCUUGCCGAGCAAUGGAAAUGAUGGGAGAACGUGUGUUUGUCCCGACAAUGACGAUGUGGAAGGAUGU